CUCACUGCACCGGGGCUCAUAACUCCCCGCCCGCCGGCACCGUGGGCCCUCAGGGCGCUCGAGGCGUGGACCAGAACGGAGGGAGGGAGGGGGGAGCUGCAGGUGCAGGACCGAAGGAAGCAGCUGCGGCCUCUCCGUCUCCGUCUCCGUCCACCACCGCCCCCCGAGACCGACCCAACCCAACUCCACCAAACAAGCCAGUUUGGCCGCGGGUUGCGUCAAACACCGGCCAAGCGCCCCUGUUUCCUCUGCCGAUUUAGCUCUGGUUCUCUGACUACUGACUUGCCUUGCGCGCGUCGGCCGGAUUGAGCGAGCUUCGUGUUCAUCAAUUCAUCGAGGAUGUCAAGCCUUGAGGAGCCACUUGGUCUUGGAGACCUGCCAAAGUUGAGUAUUAAUAGACUUGGAAGGUUCUUGUCACCAAGCGCUCGCAGGGCACCAGCUGAUGACCACAAUACUGGCAGAUACAAUAACUCCUGCAAUGGUGGCACCCAGAUGGUCUUCCAUGACAAUUCUUAUCUGUGGCAUCCGCAAUGCCGUCAAGCCGAUUCAUCAUGCGACACAGUGGAGCUUAGAGAUCUUCCUCGGAAGGUUAUGUGGGAUCUACCAAGGUAUGUGAAGAUCGUUGAAGUUGGACCACGGGAUGGCCUGCAAAACGAAAAAGGCAAUGUACCAACAUCUGUAAAGAUCCAAUUGAUACACAAAUUAGUGGCUGCAGGUUUAUCAGUUGUUGAAGCUACAAGUUUUGUAUCCCCAAAAUGGGUGCCGCAGCUAGCUGAUGCAAAGGAUGUCCUCAAAGGGAUCCAGCAGGUGCCAGGUGUGCGGUAUCCAGUAUUAACUCCUAACCUCAGAGGAUUUGAGGCUGCUGUUGCAGCUGGUGCAAAGGAAAUUGCAGUUUUUGCAUCUGCCUCUGAAUCCUUCUCUAAGUCGAACAUUAACUGUACCAUUGAGGAAAGCCUUGUUCGGUACCGUGAUGUUACUGCUGCUGCCAAGAAACAUGGACUCCUUAUCCGUGGGUAUAUUUCCUGUGUGAUUGGUUGCCCUGUUGAAGGUACAAUCGAUCCAUCAAAGGUGGCAUAUAUUGCUAAGGAACUUUAUAACAUGGGCUGCUCAGAGAUUUCACUUGGCGACACGAUUGGGGUUGGCACACCAGGUAGUGUAGUUGCUAUGCUUGAAGCUGUCAUGUCCUUUGUUCCAGUGGACAAGAUUGCCGUUCAUUUCCAUGAUACAUACGGCCAGGCCCUUGCCAAUAUCCUAGCCUCCCUUCAAAUGGGGAUCAGCAUAGUGGACUCGUCAGUUUCAGGCCUUGGAGGCUGCCCAUAUGCAAAGGGCGCCACCGGCAAUGUCGCCACUGAGGACGUCGUGUACAUGCUCCAUGGCCUGGGGAUAGAGACCAACGUCGACCUCAACAAGCUUAUGGAGGCUGGCGAUUACAUCUCCAAGCAUCUAGGAAGGCCACUGGGCUCCAAGACUGCUGCUGCUUUGCGCAAGCUAACCACCUAAAUCCCUGAAGAUCGUUUCAGGCACUCCCAAAAGAAUAUGUAUCAGCUGGUGUCAUCACACGUAUUUACUUAUACAGGUCAUAUGAAUGUCAGGAGGUCUCGUUUUAGUUUGCAUUUUUGGGUAAAAGUCACAAAACAUUGAUCUACGUAAAGUUGUAUUCUAUCCUUAAGUGAUCCUGCAUAGCCAGGGCAUCAUGGAGAAAAUUGUGCUCGCAGAUAUAAGUAUAUGUAACGGCAAAUUUGAGGCACUUUACAGUUUUCCGAAUGUCA